GAUGACAGAAACUAUUGAAAAUUUAAGAGAUUUUAACUAUUAUCCAUUCUCAACUAAUAUUAAUAGUAAGUAUGUAUUGGCUGAAUAUAUAUGGAUUGAUGGAACAGGAGAAAAAUUGAGAUCCAAAACAAAAGUAAGUUCAUAAUUAUAUCAAAUUAAGGUGUAUUUGAAUCCUAUAAAAAACCUUGAUGAUUUGGAAUGGUGGACUUAUGAUGGAUCAUCUACAGAUUAAGCAGUUACUAGAUUUUCAGAAAUAUAUCUAAAACCAGUUUGUAUGGUCAAAGAUCCUUUUAGAGGUGAUCCUCAUCUAUUAGUCCUUUGUGAAACAUAUUUACCUGAUAAAAAAACACCAGCAAGGUAUAAUUUUAGGUAUUCAAAUUUACACUAUUUAAGAUGGCUAUCAAAUUUGAUUAUGGAGAAAGCAAAAGAACAUAAACCUUGGUUUGGAAUUGAAUAAGAGUAUUUCCUAUUUAAAAGAACAGGUACAACACAUUUAUGGCCAUUGGGUUGGCCAAAUGGAGGUUUCCCUUAUCCUUAGGGGAGAUAUUAUUGUUCAAUUGGAGAACGAAACAAUUUUGGUAGAGCACUUGCAGAGGCACAUUUAAGAGCCUGUUUGAAUGCUGGACUCAAAAUAGCAGGUUUGAAUGCUGAAGUGGCUCCUUCUUAAUGGGAAUUUUAAAUAGGUAUAGCAGAAGGAAUAGAGAUUGGUGAUCAUAUGUGGUUGGCAAGAUAUAUAUUGGAAAGGAUUGGUGAGGAGUUUGGUAUAGAUAUUAAUUAUGAUCCAAAACCAAUUUAAGGUGAUUGGAAUGGUAGUGGAGCACAUUGCAAUUAUUCAACUUAAACAACUAGAAGUGAAGGAGGUUACAAAUAUAUUGUUAAUAAUUUGAUGCCAAUCCUUGAGAAAUAACACAAAGAUAUGAUAAAGUUAUAUGGAAUUAAUAAUUAAUUGAGAUUAACUGGUAAACAUGAAACAGGUAGAUAUGAUUCUUUUUCUUGGGGUGAUGGUUCUAGAGGAUGUUCUAUUAGAGUACCAAUAAUAACAAAGGAAUAAGGAUAAGGGUAUAGAAUACUAUUAUUAAUUGUAGGUAUUUUGAGGAUAGGAGACCAGCAGCUAAUAUAGAUCCUUAUUUAGUUUCUGCUGCUUUAGUAGAUGUUACAUGUUUAAAUAGUGAACAUUUAACAUAAUUAUUGUAGGUGUUUGAAACAUCUUAAAAGCCUCUUUAAGCAUGAU